CCGCCGCCGGAAGCGCGCCGCCGCCGCCAGGGGCUGUGGGAAGUACGCGCCUUCCUUUCCGGUGCCGGGCGCCAUCAGCAGGUAGACAGACAUGGGUGCCUACAAGUACAUCCAGGAGCUAUGGAGGAAAAAGCAGUCGGAUGUGAUGCGAUUUCUUCUUCGUGUGCGCUGUUGGCAGUACCGGCAGCUGUCUGCCUUGCACCGAGCCCCUCGCCCAACCAGACCAGACAAAGCUCGCAGGCUGGGAUAUAAGGCUAAGCAAGGUUACGUUAUCUACCGUGUCCGCGUUCGCCGUGGUGGUCGUAAACGUCCAGUCCCGAAAGGUGCAACCUAUGGUAAACCUGUGCAUCAUGGUGUUAACCAGCUGAAGUUUGCCCGGAGUCUUCAGUCUGUAGCAGAGGAACGUGCUGGCCGUCACUGUGGGGCUCUGAGAGUCCUGAACUCGUAUUGGGUUGGUGAAGAUUCCACUUACAAGUUUUUCGAAGUGAUCCUGAUUGAUCCAUUCCAUAAGACCAUCAGGCGCAACCCUGACACGCAGUGGAUCACCAAGCCCGUGCACAAGCACAGGGAGAUGCGCGGGCUGACCUCGGCCGGGCGCAAGAGCCGUGGCUUGGGCAAAGGCCACAAGUUCCACCACACCAUCGGCGGCUCGCGUCGCGCUGCCUGGCGGCGGCGCAACACCCUACAGCUGCACCGCUACCGCUAGUUCCUGUAUGUGUAACUGGCCAAUAAAGCUGAUGUGGCUUGUCCGAUUUUAACAA